AUGGAGCAGGGAGACGAGCAGGGGCGUGGUGUCAACGUGCGGAAGGAGGCCAAGAAGCCAUUCCUUGACAUACAGGAGGAGUUCAAGGGCGCCAUCGUAUACCUGGACGGCCCUGCGGCCGAGAUCGUGCAGUGGACCUUUGGUGGUCUCGAUUUCUUCUUUGGGCUCGGUGCCGAGCAUGUGACCCUCCUCCCACCCGCCUCGAAUGGCAAUAAAGAUGAAGAUUCGCACUCAGCCACCCUAGUCGGCUUCACCUCUACUCGUGCACUCAUCUUCAUAAGCUCGUACCUGCCAGAGUACCGGGACAGCUUGAAGCGAGUGCUGGAGAGCGGCACGUUCACCGAGUGCGUGGUGUACUCGGGCCUGCCCGAGUCGGCCCAUUCGCACUAUCCCGAGCUCGGCGGUGGCCUCUUCAACUCCUAUAUUCGAAUGAUGAAGGAUUGGAUGAGGAAGAAGCAGACCAGCAAGUUCAUCUCUCCGGUGGCCGUAGUGAUACCGUUCCCGCUCCUGUACAGCCCGUUCCUGCCACACACAUUCUUCCUGCCGCCCUGCUACGACGUCUUCCCGCCCGUGCAGCUGCCCGAGCACGUUCCCGAGUCCCCGCACGGGCCCACGCUCGAGCAGCUACCAAAGCACUAUCAGCUUGCGGUGAAGCGAUUGGCCAACGUGCUGUCGCAAACCAUGCGACAGUGGGGACUGAAGGAAGACAUAUACCCGAUCGGCCACGCGGCCAAGUUCACUGCGGGCGAAAUGAACAAGCUGGCCGAGCAGGCGCAACACGCCGCAACGCCGGCGUCUCCGCGUUCGGCCACUCCCGUAUCCCUCAUUCUCAUCGACCGCACCAUUGAUUUGGUGGCGCCGAUGCGGCACACGGCCAACGUGUUGGAUCGCAUACGCAGCGUGCUGCGAUCGCCCUCGCCCACGUCGAACGAUGUCGCCAUCGACCUGCGGCCAUUCCUGUCCGACAGCCCCGUUCACAUGGACGACAAUUUCCUCCCGUACGGUUCGUUGAUACCGCGAGAGGACAGCAAGGCCAGCAAUUCGAUAUUCAAGACGCUGGCCACCAAAACACAAAAGGACGCGUUGAACGCCAUCCGCAAGAAGCUCAUGAACAGCUCUGCGGUCACCCCGGCGCGGCUGUUGGCGCUGCUGCGCCCGUUUCAGACCGAUGUCGGCGCUUUCUAUCGCCACGCCGGACUAAUGCAGUAUGCCGCGGGGGUGAUUUCGGCGCUGCAGCAGUCGGAUAAGAGCACCGCAUGGGAAGAGCUGAUGGGGGUGGAGAAGCUCAUCAUCCACACCGUCAAGGACCCAUCCGAGAAGAGCUCCCUCCAGCAGCUCGUCGAACUCCUCUCCGUCGGCAAGUUCACGGCGGCGGACGUGGUCGGGCUGGCGGUGAUGGCCCACUCCCUCCUGGGGCAGCGCUUCGCGCGCGACGACGACAAGGCCUUCCAGAAGGCUCUCGUCGCCAACCUCAUCGACUUUCCGCAGGAAUCGCUGGACUGGUUGGGCGAUGCUGACGUGGCCCACAUGCUGCGGCAGCACUACCGGGCCGCCGCCCAGGAGGGGUCGGCCGCCGACGACGCGGGGGAGGGGGAGCGGGAGGUGCUGGCGCGGCAGCUCCAGCUGAGCCUCAAGGACGUGAUCGAGGAUCGCAUGGACCGCCUCCGCGGCACCGCCGACGUCCGAUCGUCACUCAAGCUGCGCGACUAUGCGAAUGUGAUGGGGCGAGGAGCCGGCGGAGCGGCCUACACGUCGCUGGUGGCGCGGGUGGCGCGAGACAGCGUGACGCGCGACGGCGACGCCGAGCUGCACGACCUCGAGAAGCACACCUCCACCGUCGCCCUCUCCGACCUGCUCGGCAUGGCCUCCUCUCUCGGGCUGGGUCGAUUCGGGUUCGGGCGGGGCAAGACCAAGGCCAAGCCGAGGCCCAGCGACAACAAGACCAUCGUCAUCUUCGUGAUCGGGGGCAUCACCUGCGCCGAGAUCCAGGAGGCCCUCCAGCAGGUCGCCGACAGCGUCGGAGGCAAGGAGGAGGGCGACGACGACCAAUAUCAGGUGUUGAUCGGCAGCACCAGCCUGAGCACCGCCAGCGGCGUGCUGUCCCAUCUGUUUGCCGCCGAGCAGCAACAAUGA